AUGGCUGAAGAGUCAGAAAGACUUUCGACAAAUGUUGUACCUGAACAUUAUGUUUUGGAAUUGGAUUUAGAUCCAAGUGUUUCUGGUUAUACAGGAAAAGUUACAAUUAACUUGAAGAUAAAACAGCAAACAAACUGUGUGAUCCUAAGUUGUCUAGGAAUAAAUAUCAAAAAAGCAACAAUAAGCCACUGCAAUGGAAAGGAGUGUUCGGACAAUAUAUCCUUCCAAGAAAAAGACGAAAGAGCAACUAUACAAUUCAAAAAAUGCAUUCCCAAAGGAAAUGCAUGUUUGAUCCUAGAAUUUGGCAGAGAAUUUCACGAAAUUUCAGCAAUUUGCAAAUCAACAUUUGAUACUUGCAAAGGGACGAAAACAUACGUCAUAAGUCAUUUUGAGCCCAACAGGGCUCGUGAAGCUUUUCCUUGUUUUGAUGAACCGGCUUUGAAGGCAACUUUUGACAUUGUUAUGAAAGUUCCUGAAAAUUUGAUGGCCUUGUCUAAUAUGGAUGUCCGAGAAGAAGAGGUAAGGGUCUAUACGCCCCCAGGGAUGAAAAAAUAUGGUCAAUUCGGCCUUGAAGUGGCAGUAAAAGGUUUAGAUAUUUUUUCGAAACUUUUUGACGAACCUUAUUCGUUGCCAAAAUUGGAUUUGGUGGUUACCAAAAAUUUUGCGAGUGGUGCCAUGGAGAAUUGGGGACACAUUUCAUUUGGAGAUAUGUCUAUGAUAUUCAACAAAAAUGAAACUCCAACAGUUUGGAAAUCGUCAAUAUCAGGAACCGUUAUUCACGAAUUGGCACAUUUGUGGUUCGGAGAUCUUGUCACCAUGAAUUGGUGGAGUGAUUUGUGGCUAAACGAAGGCUUUGCUUCAUUCUACUCCGUUCUUGGAAAAUAUCGAAUACUUCCUGAAAUUGACCCUUGGAACGGAUUUUUGCUGCACUUUUACGCAGCCAUGGCUGCAGAUGAGAUGCCUGGAGCUGCACCAAUCGUUCGAAAAGUUGGUUCAACUUCUGAUGCCCAAGCAAUGUUCAACGCCUCCAGCUACUCCAAAGGUGCAACCAUAAUUCGGAUGCUUAGAAAUUAUUUGGAGGAAGAUUAUUCUAAGGGCAUUAAAAAUUAUAUACAAAAAUAUAAAUUUCGAAGUGCUGGAACAGCAGAUUUGUGGAAGGCUUUGGAAGAAGCCAGUGGAAAACCAAUAGGUAACUAG